AUGCGGCUCCUCGUGCUUACGUCCCGAAAUGUCCUCCUGCCAGCACACGAUCAGCCCGUCCCAGCGACGAUCCAUGCAGAUCCAUCCACAGGCAAGAUCACCGCCAUCGACUCUGGCUACUCGCCGCAAGACGCAUUCGCAGACAAUGAUCGCUACGAAUUUAUUGAUGCUGGAGAUCUUUACAUACUCCCAGGUCUCGUCGAUGCACAUGUCCACCUCAACGAGCCCGGGCGCACAGACUGGGAGGGAUUCGCAACAGGGACUCAAGCAGCUGUCGCUGGAGGUGUCACCACUGUCGUCGACAUGCCCCUCAACUCGAUUCCACCAACGACCACCGUCCACAACCUGACCGUCAAGCGCGACGCCGCCAAUGGACAAUGCUGGGCAGAUGUCGCAUUCUGGGGAGGCGUUAUCCCUGGUAAUCAAGACGACCUGAGACCGCUAUUGGAUGCUGGUGUCAAAGGCUUCAAGUGUUUCCUCAUCAAUAGUGGCGUCGAGGAAUUCCCCCACGUAGAGGAGAAUGAUCUCAAGCUGGCAAUGGAAAAACUCGAGGACACCGACGCAGCCUUGCUCUUCCAUGCCGAAUUGGAUGUACACGAAGACUCGCAACCGGAUGCAGAUCCACACGACUAUAGUACAUUUCUCGCCUCGCGCCCACAACAAAUGGAACUCGCCGCUAUCAACAUGAUAACCCGCUUACAGGCAUCCUACCCAUCAGUACGAUGCCAUAUUGUCCACCUCACCGCCUCAUCCGCCAUCCCAAUCAUCAAACGCGCCAGAGCAUCCGGCUUGAAACUGACAGUCGAGACAUGUUUCCACUAUCUCACAUUUAUCGCCUCGGACGUUCCCUCUGGUCAUCCAGAGUUCAAAUGCUGCCCACCUAUUCGUGACGAGGCAAAUAGGGAAGCACUUUGGGCGGCACUGGGCGACGGUACAAUCGAUUUUGUUGUAUCGGACCACUCGCCGUGCGUCGCGAGUUUGAAAAUGGUCGACGGUGGGGAUUUCAUGAAGGCGUGGGGUGGGAUAUCUGGACUGGGACUUGGUCUGAGCGUCCUUUGGACGGGAGCGAAGAAGAGAGGAUAUAGCAUCAAGCGCGUGAUGGAGUGGACCAGUGAGCGAACGGCCCUUCAUGCCCGAUUACACCACAGAAAGGGGUCUAUUACGGUUGGACAUGACGCAGAUUUAAUUGUGUGGAAUCCAAAUACCGAGGUGACGAUAGCGAAAGAGGAUCUGCACUUCAAGAAUCGGUUAUCACCGUUUGAGGGCGUCAAGCUUCAUGGUCAAGUCCAGCAGACGUACCUCAGAGGCGUGCUCAGCUGGAGCGUGGAAAAGGGCUUCCAAAAACCUUUUGGAAAGCUCUUAUGA